UUGCAGGAUGAACUGCUAUGGCUUUGGACAGUAAACGGCAGAAGAACAGCUUACUUCUCAGCUCCGAGGCGAUCCAAGACUCCGGGAUGAGGAACGGCAGAGGUGUACAGGACCAGUGGGCUGACACCGUGGCCGUGAGACCCAGGACCACCGAGAGGCAGAUCACCGUCCACAGAAAGCUGGUCAUGGGCUUUGCCAUCUCGAUCUUGGCUUUGAUCGUGGUAACUAUCAUCGCGGUGCUGCUCAGUAUUAGGUUUGAAGAAUGUCCUGAUGGCUCCGGCAGGACAAUUAACAGCAGCGUUCUGGAGGCGGCCAGGUUCAACCAGAACCUGCUGGAAGUGGGGAAGGACGCAGGAGAUGGGACCAAUCACCUGGCAGGUAAAGAUGAAGAAGAAGACUGGAAGCCUUGGACCUACCUGAGACUCCCCACACACCUAAAACCCCUCCACUACAAUCUGAUGAUCACCGCAUUCAUGGACAACUUUACUUUUUCUGGGGAACUCAACGUGGAGAUCGAAUGCCUGAACUCCAGCAGAUACAUUGUGGUCCAUGCACACAGGUUGACUGUGGAGCGAGUCCAAGUGGCAGAAGACAGAGCUGCCGGGGACGUCAAAGUUUCCAGCUUCUUUGCCUAUCCGGCCAAUCAAGUUUUAGUACUGGUUUUAAACAGGAGCCUGGAGGCACAGAAAAGUUACAACCUCAAAAUCAUUUAUAACGCUAUCAUAGAAAAUGAACUGCUGGGCUUCUUCAGGAGCUCCUAUGUCAUACACGGAGAGAGAAGGCUACUUGGAGUGACUCAGUUUUCUCCCAUUCAUGCCAGAAAGGCUUUCCCCUGCUUCGAUGAACCUAUUUAUAAGGCAACAUUCAAAAUAAGCAUCAAGCAUCACAUUUCCUAUAUAUCUUUGUCGAAUAUGCCAGUGGAGACCUCUGUUUAUGAAGAAGGUGGAUGGGUUACUGAUCAUUUUUCACAAACACCUUUAAUGUCUACAUACUAUCUUGCAUGGGCUGUAUGCAAUUUCACCUAUCGUGAAGCUAUUACUCGGAGUGGUGUUUUAGUAAGAUUGUAUGCACGACCUGAUGCAGUGAGAAGGGGAUCUGGAGACUAUGCUCUCAAUAUUACAAAAAGACUUUUGGAAUUUUAUGAAGAUUACUUCAAGGUUCCAUACUCAUUGCCAAAAUUAGAUUUAUUAGCUGUGCCUAAACAUCCUUAUGCUGCAAUGGAAAACUGGGGACUAAGUGUAUUUGUGGAGCAACGAAUUCUGCUUGAUCAAAGUAUCUCUUCAAUUUCCUAUUUACUUGAUGUCACCAUGGUCAUUGUGCAUGAAAUUUGUCAUCAGUGGUUUGGAGAUCUGGUAACCCCGGUAUGGUGGGAAGAUGUAUGGUUGAAGGAAGGGCUUGCUCACUAUUUUGAAUUUGUUGGAACAGACUACCUCUAUCCAGGAUGGAACAUGGAAAAGCAACGGUUUCUGACAGAUGUCUUACAUGAGGUGAUGCUGCUGGAUGGGUUGGCCAGUUCACAUCCAGUUUCUCAGGAAGUGCUAAAGGCCACAGAUAUAGAUCGAGUGUUUGACUGGAUUGCAUAUAAAAAGGGGGCAGCCUUAAUUCGAAUGCUGGCCAAUUUUAUGGGCCAUAAAGUUUUUCAGCGAGGUUUGCAGGACUACCUAACAACCCAUAGGUUUGGUAAUGCUGCAAGAAAAGAUCUGUGGAAUACACUUUCAAAGGUAUUGAAAAAUGAAGGCAAAUCUGUGAACAUUCAAGAAGUGAUGGAUCAGUGGACACUUCAAAUGGGAUAUCCUGUAAUAACAAUACUAAGAAAUGAAACAGUAGAGGAUGGAAUAACAAUCACUCAGGAGCACUUCCUAUACAAUAUAGAUGCAAAUACCAGAGACCUUGAGCUAAGAAAUAACAGCUAUCUUUGGCAGAUUCCAUUAACUAUUGCAGUAGGAAAUACAAGUCACAUCUCCCCACAGACAAUUAUAUGGGUAUCAAACAAAUCAGAAUACCACCGCAUUGCCACAUUGGAUGAAAGCAACUGGGUGCUGGGCAAUAUUGAUCAAAUUGGCUACUUUAGGGUUAACUAUGAUGUCAAGAACUGGAGAUUACUGAUCGACCAGCUAAUGAGGAACUGUGAGGUCAUUUCUGUCAGUAAUCGAGCAGGACUGAUCGAUGAUGCUUUCAAUCUGGCAAGAGCUGGAUAUUUGACGCAAAAUAUUCCCCUGGAGAUUAUCCGAUACCUCUCUGAAGAAAAGGAUUUUCUUCCCUGGCAUGCUUCAAGUCGAGCUCUUUAUCCUCUAGAUAAAUUGCUGGACCGAUCUGAGGACUACAGUAUAUUCAGUGACUAUGUACUAAAGCAAGUGGCAACCAUGUAUUUCCGCCUUGGAUGGCCAGCUAAUGGACACAAUGGAUCGAUAAUCCAGACAUCUUAUCAGACUGAGGAGCUACGAAGAGAAGUUAUUAUGCUGGCUUGCAGUUUUGGGAAUAAGCAGUGUCAUCAAGAAGCAGCAACAAUGAUCUCUGACUGGAUUUCAAGCAACAGAAACCG